AUGCCGCCUAAAAGGGUUAAGGCUGAAAAGACAAAUAAUAAAUCCAAGAAGAUUGAUAAACUUACUCCAAAAGAGGCCAUUCUUGAUUACCAGAUUAGCAAUCUUCGCGAUCUGAUAUCUAGGCUUCAUUUUAAACGAGAAUUACUUAGAAAUAUUCUGACUGACAAAUUGGACGACCUAAGUAGACUUAAAUUGAAAGGCGAAAUUUUGUUCAAAGAAACAUCUUUAAAGCUGAUAGAGUUUUCAAAUGCAGAGAAACCAAAAGUGUCGAGUGAUGAUACAAAAUUAUAUCUGCUUGAAACCUGGAAGAUACGAGAUGAUGAAGAAAAAGAAACCAAAUCUGUUGAAAACGAAAUAGAACUUACAAAACACCUCACAAAAGAUGUAAUAAUGGAACUGAGAGAGUGGAAGACUUAUUCCGAUGAAACCAGAAAAUUAAAUGAUAUGCGUAUCCAAGCGCUUGAAAAAGAGUACAUCAACAUGAAAGACCGUUUUCAGUCCAUGGUUAAACAUCUAGCUAACACAGAAAAUCAGAGGGAACAGUAUGUUCGGGUGAAAAUCGAAGGCUUUUCAGAGAAUAUCAGGAAUUCAACAGUGGAAAAUUUAGUCAACAAGUUAAAUAAAACAUUCUCUCAACAAAUGCUCCAGAACAAGUGGCUAGUAAUAGAGAAUAAAUCACUUGCAGAGAAAAUAGAACAAAUUUCCAGUGAAAUUGAUAUUCUUCAGAAAAAAAACUUGGAGGCUGUCGGAGAAGUUUUCAACAAUAACUUGCCUCACAUAAUGAUGCCUUUGUCCUUUAGUGACAAUCAGGUGACCGAAAUGGAUAACCUCCACACUAGUGACACUUUUGACCUAGGGAUAUGCCACAGGAUGUUUGAAUUCAAAAGUAACCAGGAAUUUACGUGUUCGAAAAACAAACACAGUGUACAUGGAGAGUGCACAAAGGAACAUCCGAGUACCGUCGAUCAGAAGAAGUCUCAGUCUACUAUUACUCUGGAAAAACGACUUCAGUCUUCUUACUACACGAACGAUGACGUUGCACAAGACCAAAAGUAUAAGCCACAAGGUAUUAUAGGCCUCGGACCACUAGAGAAACAAGCCAUAUUUCUGAAAGGUUCUCCUUUGAAAAUUGAUCACUUCGAGGAUUUCAGUUCUCCUGAGAUGCAAGCACACUCAAAGUUCAACCCAGAUCUUGAAAACUGGCCCAUAAAUAAGGAUAUGCUUCGAGAUUUUCUCUCUAAAAUCAGCUAA